CAUGCAUUUUCUAAAAAUAAAACCAUCUUCCGAGUCACCUAGAAAUCUAUUAAUACGCCCUUUCCGACUAAUUUUCCACGCUUUACAACGCACUUUACAACACUACCAAAGAUGUCCCAAAAUAUGGAGACUCAAACUGCCACAGCAGUCCCCACUGAGAGCAACGAAAGCGGGCCCAACCUGCUCGAAAAACUCGCCAAUUAUGAAGAAGCUUUCAAAAACAAUGCGGAACGAACAACACAAUUGGAAAAUGAGUUAAAACAAAAAGAUAACGACGUGGCCGACUUGAAAAAACGCAUCGUUCAGUUGGAAGAAGAAGUCACAGAAGCCCAAAAAUUCAAGGCCCAACAUUUGAAAGACACGGAAGAGGUUGACGCGAUUAAAACCAAAUCUGAAGAGACUUUAACACGAGCAAAGGGAAUUAUUUUCGACAAAACUAAAGUUAUAAAAAACCAGGAGCUGCAAAUCGAAGCCUUGAACCAACAAAUCGCCUCACUUAAGGACGUAGUGACCAUCACUAAAGACUUGCUGGAGAUCAGAAAUUUGGAAAUCAAGCAACUUGAGUCGAAAAUUCAGUGCAUGGAGGACAAAGUGGGGGCGGAGAAGGAACGUCAUGACCUCAUGCAUAAAAAAUUGGAGCAUAUGAUUCGCUACAACGGCGAUUUGAAACGGGAAUAUGAGACGCAACUUUGCCUGUUUUCGGCUUUGCGUGAGAGGUACAACGAGAGGGAGCUGGCUAAGGGGGUUGUGGAUGACUUAAGGGAGGCCUCCACGAGUCAAACGAACGGCGAAGAGGGGAAAGAAGAGGAGAAGAAAGAGUGAAACAACGUGAUAAAAAUAUAACUUGUUUAUUAACAUAUUGCUAUUGGAUUUACAAUUUAUAGAACUUAGAGAAAAAUGUAGAUAAUGUACACUAUCAACAUUUUUACAUCGUCUUGUAAGAAACCAACUGGGAAUGUACGUUACAAAUAAUUAAACCAUGAGAAACUAA